GUGAGCGAGCAAGAGAGACAGAAAGAGAGAGAGAGACCGCGGUAUGGACUCCGCCGGACUGCCAGUCUACAUAUAGUCAGUGGUGUUUGUUGUUGCUGUAGAUUAAUCUGAUGAUGGGUCAGUGUGGAAUCACCUCCUCGAAGACUGUGCUGGUCUUCCUCAACCUGAUCUUCUGGGCUGCAGCUGGCAUCCUGUGUUAUGUUGGUGCGUACGUGUUCAUCACAUAUGAUGACUAUGACCACUUUUUCGAGGAUGUGUACACCUUGAUCCCUGCUGUUGUCAUCAUUGCUGUCGGCGGAUUGCUGUUCAUCAUUGGCCUGAUUGGAUGCUGUGCAACAAUUCGUGAGAGUCGUUGUGGACUGGCCACGUUUGUCAUCAUCCUCAUUCUGGUCUUUGUGACGGAGGUGGUUGUGGUUGUGCUUGGCUACAUUUACAGAGCAAAGGUGGAAGAAGAGGUUAAUCAUUCAAUUCAGAAGGUGUACAAUGAAUAUAACGGCACCAACUCAGAUGCACCCAGCCGCGCUAUUGACUACGUGCAAAGACAGCUUCAUUGCUGUGGAAUUACCAACUACUUGGACUGGAGAAACACGAGCUGGUUUAACGAGUCGCGGAACAACAGUGUACCCCUGAGCUGCUGCAAACCCAACGUGAGCAACUGUACCGGCUCCCUCUCGCGCCCUGGAGACCUGUAUCCUGAGGGAUGUGAAGCUCUAGUUGUGAAGAAACUGAAGGAAAUCAUGAUGUAUGUCAUCUGGGCUGCGCUGACAUUUGCCGCAAUUCAGAUGCUCGGGAUGCUCUGUGCCUGUGUGGUGCUGUGUCGCAGAGGCCGGGACCCCGCCUACGAGCUUCUGAUAUCCGGAGGGACGUACGCGUGAAAAACACACACACACAAACACACACACACACGGCUCGGGGUUCUGUCAGUGUGUGAUGGUACUCUGCUGAUGCCCUUAUCUUUCUGCUAUAUGAUUUAGACAGGGUCUCUCACACUGUGCGCUGGUGAUGGGUGAAGCAGCGUAGUACAUUUAUAUUUAUUUACAUGUCUCAAUUUUAAACGGUAAAACGGUCAUUUUAAAUGUUUUGUUUUUUUCUUUCUCAAAAUGCUAAAAGCCAAAUUUAGAAACCUUGUUUCUAAAUGAGAAAACUGCUUGUUUUUUGUGAGACUGAGCAUUUUUGCUCACGUGAACGAUGGCAUUACUGUAUUAACAGAAAAUGUGGGAUUUCUGCUUUCCUCAUGUUUGUUUGCACUAUGUGUACAGUUACUGAUUAUUUUAACGUCAGUGGUCAUUGAGAUCAUGCUCGUGAAUGUUGUUUAGGACUGGUAUGUGUAAAAGGUUUUUCCCUGCACUGUAUCUGUCUCUGCUGUGCCACCCAUCACCAGAUCACAAACAUCAGCCUCCCCAGGAUCGCUCAGCAACACGACGCCCAUCUUUAAACAGAGUGUGAACUGGCAGGAAAAUCACCUUGAGAUAAUGAUCCCUCAUUAUACAUACGCUGUUUUGUGGAUUAUGCUUUACUCACUACCUUCAAUGUAUUUUAGCACUGUUUUAAUUUUCCUCCUUCCUGUGUUUGUGUGGAGUUUAGUAUUUGGGAAGUAGAUUUUAAAGUUGGUUUGGAAACCAUAUAGCGAUGUCGAACAACGUAAACAUUUGAAAUGAAUGUAAAUAGAGUAAGGGAAAACGAAUUAAACGUAAUUUUGACAUUGCAA